AACCGAUCAUCGAAUUUUUAAUUUUUUCUUCGGAGGGCCUUGCGCGAAAAAAAGGGCAUUUACCAUCAAACCUAUUAAACCAUAAAAUCACAACAUGCAACAGCCCAGCAAUCAAACAAAUCAGACAGCCAUCAAUCUGUCAACAUCACCAAAAACAUCGCCUAACUCAUUUCUCACAGUGGUAGAUUGCAAGGUACCCACUUAUUCUAAUCAAAGUCAAGCUUGACACAAGAAAUGAGAAACAAGAAUAACUCGGGCAACACCUUGACGAUCGAGAUGGGUUAAAAAAAAAAAGUCUUUUUCCAAUUCCGUCGCAACUCCCGGGUCCACUUUUCUGGAUUGCCCGCGGCGCAAACAUGUAUUGAGCUAAUAAUAUUAAAAGAGAAGGGGAUAAGAAAGGAAAAUUUUUCCCAGUCUAAAAGAAGAAAAUGCACAAAGCAAGACUAGAUAAUAAAAAAAAAAGUUGUCCAGGAACAGCAGCCGGCCAACGAAAAGCGAAGUGAAACCUUGUUUGGCGAUGCACUAGCAUCCAGAAAGUAACCCAAGCUUCCUUCCGAUAAGGCCUCGUGGCUGCUGGCACAUUGCUGGCAGGAAAGGUUUUUUCUCUUUGGUUGCUUUCCCGGCAAAAAAAGAGUUACUAGCGGACCAAAGGAGGCGAAAAAGACUGGUAAAGGUUGCGCGUGGCGCCGUUGCGCCCGCCAGGGGGGCUUGGAAGCUAUCCACACCCCUGCCAGUUGACCAGGGCCACGGAAGCUAUCCGACAGCUUUCCACAGGGGAAAGAAAAGAUUUGCUACUCUCUUGAGAGAGAGCAAGUCCUCAUGCAUGUGAUUCAUGGCAACAUACUUCGACCAGAAGGCAGAUUUGCUCGGCUUUAUAGUUUUCAGCCGUUGGGGAAAAUCGUAUGAAUUAGUCCAGUGAGACAAACUAUAGGAAACGGUAAAGUAAAGAUAAGGGAAAAAAAAGCUGCAACGCUUGGUUGAACUACGCCGAGCUUGUUCCGGUUGUUCGCGAGCUUGAAGCUGACGCAGGUGAACAAGGAUUAUGGAAGCUUCAUUGCGCUUGCAGUGGGUGCGAGUGGGGGUCGCAUUAUCAACCACACCUCCUGAACAUAACAAACCCCUGGCGUAACCCUGGCCGUGUCUCCGACUGUGACGAAAUUUGCGCGAAGAAAAAAAAAUGCCAAUCUGAGAGGUCAUGGUGGCUUUUGGAGGAAGAUGCCAGCCUCGACAGGUGGCUCCCAACUCAUUGCCAGAAGCUGGGAAUGCAGCCUCUGUUGAUGCUUGAUGAGUGCCUUAAUCCAGCAGAAUGUUCCUUUGGUAAUUGUCUCGCUGAUAGGCCGAGAGUCGAACCGGGCGCACAGAACAGAUUGUUCCCGAGCCGAGUCAGAUACCAUGUGCCAAGAUAGCAGUCAAGUAAGCUCGUGCUGUGUAACCCAGAUUCUGUCACUCUCCGAUUCCGCCCGACCUGACCCAGCGGGUCCGAGAUCAUCAUCUCUUCUCCCUUCGGUCACCCGGGAUAGUUGACCAAUCCCGGUUAACCCAGGCACUCUUCCAGCCUUGGGCCUCAGGCAACCUCAGGCUGGGGGUGGUUCUGCCGGAAAACCACUGCAUUAUUAUGCUUCUGGUUUGACCGGCUCCGCUCAACGCCCUCCCAUUGACCUAUUGGGCUCUCUCAUUCAGAGCUAGGAUACCACCGAGGCCCGUUCUUGGCUCCACCCACUGAAGGUCUCUCUCUCUCUCUUCCCCUUCUUCACUUGAGCUCCAGUUUCUUUCCACUCUGAAAAACUCUGACUUGUCCUCCCAUUCCUCCAUUCUUCGAUCUCGAAAUCAGCCCGGCGUCCUUUGCUUUGUCCAACCAGUCUAUCAUUCAGACCUAUCUCCUCUCCAUCAGAUACAAUGGCCUCCACCCGUGUCCUCGCCUCUCGUCUGGCCAACACCAUGGCCCAGACUGCCACCAAGGCCGCUCGCCCUGCUUUCCGCACCCAGGCGCGCACCUUCACUGGCAUGACCCUCAAGCGCCAGUCGGCUCCCUCCAUGAUGGCCGCCACCAUCAGCCGCCAGGCUUUCCAGACCCAGCGCCGUGCCUACUCGUCUGAGAUCGCUCAGGCUAUGGUCGAGGUCUCCAAGAACAUCGGUAUGGGUUCGGCCGCCAUUGGUCUGACUGGUGCCGGUAUCGGUAUUGGUCUGGUUUUCGCCGCCCUCCUCAACAGCGUUGCCCGCAACCCUGCCCUCCGUGGCCAGCUCUUCUCGUACGCCAUUCUGGGUUUCGCCUUCGUUGAGGCCAUUGGUCUUUUCGACCUGAUGGUUGCCCUCAUGGCCAAGUUCACCUAAACGAUUCAAUCAACUUUUGCUGAGCAAUACGGUCCCCCCGACUUUGGGCGACCCUAAUGAUGGGUGGUUAAUGAGACGUGGGGCUGUCAACUAUGACAGAUCUCAGCAUUAUAUACGGAAAAUAGACCUCGGCUUAGAGCAAAGGGCACCCGUUGUGUAUAGAAUCGGGUGGCCCAUAGAUACUGGGGGAGGAGCAUGAUAGAGCAUGGCCCGGCAGUCACCUCGCCCCUGUUCGGGCUGCCUUGUGUAAAAUUAGCGAACGCAUUUCCGGAACCAGGACCUUUCCAAAGGACUUUUCCUUUCUCUCCAAUUUCGGCCCUGAUAUUUGCCCUGGUGAUUUUGAUAUUGUAUCGCAUUCAGCCUCCAAUCUUCAGGCUUCUCGAGUAACAGCAUCUGAGCCACUGGAGCACAGCACUACUGUACUUAGGAACUUGACAGCUCUUGAGAUCCGCUGAAAAGCUUGUGCGGGCCGUUAUACGAUACCCGGGUGUGCGUGAGGAUUCGGCAUCCGCUGACUCCACCCAUCGAGCACUUGCUUUGAGUAUUACAAUGACGGGGUUUUACGCCAGACAGCCGUAAGAAUUAUAAAGCCAAGCAUCCAGUCCAACACAAGUUUGAGCGACAAUUUUAAAUCAUGCUGAACGACUCCAAAUCCUUCACCAGCGAAAGAGUUCAGGCAUAGCAAACCAGGUAUCACAGGGAACGUGCAUCAAGGAAACGACAGGAAUCGAGAUCGGGGCAAAAUAUUCAGAACUGGAUUCGAACGGGAGCUAUCCCAUCCAUGGUCUCGCGGCGACUAGCCGGCGGGGCCGUCCCCAUGGGAAGUGGAAUGCAUGUGUCCACAACAAAAAAAAAAAAAAAAAAAAAAAAAGGAAAAAAAGAUGAUGGCUUCUUGCCUCAUUGGUGUCCCAACAACUCAAAUGCGUGCAAGCAAAGAAACUUUUAUUUUUCUUUGACCUUUUCCUUUUCCUAGGUCGUAGGCUGAUGAAUCAGUUGAAAGCAUAUCGACGAAAAUCGAGACUUAUCGAUCAAUCUCCCGGUUUCCUUGCCUACAGCAAACGGGCUCUCUCUCGCUGUGCUUGGUGGAAGAAAACAAUUCCCCGUCGUUCGCUUGUGUCAAGGUACCCAAUAAUGGAGCGAGCGGUCAUGGGAUGAGCGAGUUGCGGGUCGUUUAUGGAGACGGGAAGCGUCCUUCGUCUGGGGAAUUGGGACCCAUUCGUAGGUAAUUCGGCCUGGCGAGUGGCUGGCUAGGUGAUAGCCGAAUAUCGUUCUCGGCGAUGGGUUGGGCGUUUAUGACACCGUAAAAAGAAUAAAAUUCAAUUGAGUUUGGACUGGCGAUACCCAAUUCUGUACUGAUUGUUUAGGUGUGUAUGAAAGGAGUUAGAGGCAAAGGUUGGAGGAAUUGGAAAGAGGUCGGGCGGUUGCUAUUGUUA